AUGUCGACACAAGAGAAGAGCUUCGAGGUCGCCAUCGUGGGCGGCGGCAUAGCCGGAAUCAUCCUCGCCAUCUCCCUCGCCAGGCGCAAUGUGCCGUACACUAUCUACGAGAGGGCGCACGCCUUCGCCGAGCUGGGCGUCGGCCUCGGUAUGACGCCCAACGCGGCGCGGGCCAUGCGGUUCUGCGACCCCGCGGUCCGCGAGGCCUUCGAGAAGGUGACCGAGCCGCCCUUUGAGUGGAACUUUCUCGACGGUACGAGCGAGGCCACCGACAACAUCGUCCAGUUCUCUCUCGGGAGCACCGUCGAGGGCAUGCGGGGGUGCCAUCGCGGGCAGUUUCUGAAGAGGCUGGUCGAGCUGGUGCCCGAGGGCGCCAUCAGGUUCGGCAAGCAGCUGGUGCGCGUCGAGGAGCCCCGGGGCGUCGCCGGGAGGCUGGUCAUGGUCUUCGACGACGGCACGACGGCGGAAACGGACGCGGUUGUUGGCUGCGACGGCAUCAAGUCCACGACGCGUGCCAUUGUCGUCGGAGAGGACCACCCGUCAGUCAAGUGCACUUACACAUACAAGUACGCCUACCGCGGGCUCGUCCCCAUGGCCCAGGCUGUGGAGAUUCUGGGCCCGGAGAAGUCGGCAAUCUCGGGUGUGUGGAUGUCUCACGACGUCCACUUCGUCAGCUACCCGGUCGCCCGGCGAACAAUGCUCAACGUUGUCGCCCAUUGCACCGCCCGCGAGGACUGGCCCAGCGAGACACAGCUGACGCUUCCCGCCGACAUGGAAAGCUGCGUCCGAGACAUUGACAAACUAAGCCCCCCUCUGAAAAGGGUCAUCCAGUCGUUGAAGGGCGUGGACAGGUGGGGGCAGUUCGACCUUGGGGAACACCCUCCCCCGACAUAUGCCAAAGGCCGCACCUGCCUCAUCGGCGACGCGGCUCACGCUUCUACGCCUCACCAGGGCGCCGGUGGGGGGAUCUGCAUUGAAGACGCCGCGGUCUUGGCCUCGCUGCUGGCGGAGGACGGCGUGGGACCCGGCGCCGCCAUCGAGGCCGUGUUUGCCACCUUUGACGCGCACCGCCGGCAGCGCGGCGAGUGGCUCGUCGAGAGCAGCAGGCGGGCCGGCGAGCUGUACGAGCUCAAGUCGGAGUACGGCAAGGACUUUGAGAAGGUUGGCGCGGAGGUCAAAGCAACGGCCGAGAAGAUGUGGGGGUUCAGCAUUGAAGAGAACAUUCAAGAAGCCGUGGAGGAUUUGAGGAAGCGCUUGGAGGGUCUUGGAGGGCGCUUGGUGGCCAAGGUGUAA